UGUCUGCCUAAGGGAAACUAGCAAGUUACAUGCAGGGAAUAUUUUGCAGCAUAGUACUGCUCACACCUUGAUUCCACACGUUGUCAGGCGCGAAGGAGGAUAACAACGCUUUCGUUCCCGCAACCGAUCGCCCCUAGUUGGAUUUUUAAUCGGGGAAAAGGUGUAGUUAAGGACCGCCACGAUGAAUCCUCAGCAGCGGAUUGCCGCUAUCGGGACAGACAAGGAAUUGAGUGAUCUGCUGGAUUUUAGCGCGAUGUUCGCUCCACCUGUAAACAGCGGGAAAAACAAGCCGACCACCCUGGGAAGCAGCCAGUUCAGUGCCGCAGGUAUGGAUGAGAGGACAAGCCCGGGGUCAUGGGCUUCAGGUGACCCGUCCAGUCCCUCCUACGAGUCCUCCAGGGGCUUCAUGGCCUCUCCUCAUUACGGUGAUCAGCUGAGUGACAGUCGAAUAGCGCCCCACGAAGGAUUUUCCCCAACGCUUUUUAUGAACUCCGGCGUCGCGGGUAAAUUGGAACGGGCUCCGUUGUCAACCUUCAGCCGUGAGCCAGGAGUUUCGGGGUGCCAGUCCGGUCUCCGUUUGGACGUCGGCCUGGUGACCCCCAGCCCCCUGACUGUAUCGGGAAAGACGGCCACACCAUUCCUCUGCUUCUCAGGGGCCAACCCGAGGAGACGGCCUUCCCAGGACUCGUCUCCACUCGAUGAACCAAGAAAGAAAGUACGCAAGGUGCCACCUGGACUGCCCUCUUCAGUUUAUGCACCAUCUCCAAACUCGGACGACUUCAACAGAGAUUCUCCCACGUACCAGACCACCAAGCCGCCAAGCAACGUGUUUGCAAGCCCUUUUUUUGAUGGCGCCCACAGCUCACCUGACUCCUGGAUUUCGUCCAAUGGGAUCAGCCAGCCCGGCUACGGAGGAAUGCUGGGAGCCUCUGCGUCUCACAUGUCGCAGUCGGGAAACUUUGGCAACAUGCAGUCGCACGACCGCCUGAACUACCCUCCGCCCUCUGUGUCGCCGGCAGACGUCAGCGCCAGUCUUCCUCCCAUGUCCAGCUUUCACCGCAGCAACGCCAGCACUUCACCCUUCGUCACAGCCUUGCACACCCCGCCCGUCAACACCGCUGAAAACGUCAUCGCAGCAGCAAAUCGAGGGAACGGAACUGGAAGCUCACAGACUGGAGACGCACUAGGGAAAGCCCUGGCCUCUAUUUAUUCACCUGAUCACACCAACAGUAGUUUCCCAUCCAACCCCUCGACACCGGUGGGCUCUCCGUCGCCCCUCGCGGGAGCAGCGGGCACAGCAGCAGGCACCAACCAGUGGCCCAGAGCAGCCGGACAAACCUCCUCCUCCCCCAGCUACGAGAGCUCCCUACACUCCCUGAAAAAUCGAGUUCACCAGCAGCUUCAUGAGCAUCUGCAAGAUGCCAUGUCCUUCUUAAAGGAUGUCUGUGAGUCUCGGAUGGAGGACCGCCUGGAUAGACUGGAUGAUGCUAUAAACGUCCUGAGGAACCAUGCGGUGGGCUCCACCCCCAGCCUGCCCAGCGAAAUACAAAACCUCCUGGGAGAUAUACACAACGGCCCAAUCGUGGCUAUCGGAGCCAACUUUCCUGCAUCAGGAUUGGUGGCCAGCCGAACAGCAUCUAUGGUCGGAGCUCACCGGGAUGAAGCGGGCAGUCUCACCAGCAAUCACACAGGCCUACCCAGCGCAGGCUCCACGGCCACAGCAGACCACAAUCACCAGGGAGAGGAGUUCAGAGGUCUGGCAGGAGGGCCGGCCGGUCAGGUCUCAUCUGGUCUGGAGCUGAAAGUGGAAAGCCGGGAAAAGGACGACAUGCACAACAGCCACUCCGACGAAGACGUUAGGUCUGAUGACGAGAGCGAGAAGAGGGACAUGCAGAGAGCCCGAGCAGGGACACGGAGAAGCAGCAUUAAUGAGGACGAGGACCUGAAUCCGGAGCAGAAAGCAGAGCGUGAGCGCGAGAGGAGGAUGGCCAACAACGCGCGUGAGCGGCUGAGGGUUCGAGACAUCAACGAGGCCUUCAAGGAGCUGGGCCGCAUGUGUCAGCUGCACCUGAAGACCGAGAAGCCACAGACCAAGCUGCUCAUCCUGCACCAGGCCGUGGCCGUCAUCCUCAGCCUUGAAAAGCAAGUCAGAGAGAAGAAUCUGAACCCCAAAGCAGCCUGCCUUAAGAAGAGAGAAGAGGAGAAGAUGUCGGGGGUUUCGGCCGACCCCCAGCAGGGGCACCCUGUGGUCCAUCCUGGGCUGACCGACACAUCCAACCCCAUGGGCCACCUCUGAAGAACAACCAGAUCAGUCAGUGUGCUGAAGAAUGGGCGACCUUCCUUCCCAAGGACAGGACCCUCAAAUUUGAGACAUGAUUUUGACAGACAACUUGAAGGAAAAAUAAAAUACAAACUAGAAUAAAUACAAAGAAAGCAACCCUGAGAUUGAAAACAGAAAAAAAAACAGAACAGAACAAAACACUGUCAAGCUCCCAAUUUCCUGUGAAAGUUCCCAACGAUGAUCUGAGAAUUUCUGCCCACGAGCAAAACUCCAGCACAUAUGGCUUCGUUUGCAAGCUGCAACGAGUUGCAUCUGCACAAUCAGAGAAUGUGGCGAUCCUUCCCACUCUCCAGGAGGACAGUUGACUUGUGCCUAAACCGAAUUGACGAAUGCAUUGUAACCACAGUUGUUACUUUUUAGUUAUCUUUUUUUUUUGUUUUUGUUUUUGUUUUAUUUAUUAUGUUAUUGAGGUCUGAAGUCUGGGUUAAAAGGGAAUGUACUGAGAUUCUUUGUGAGAAGCUGAUGCUCUUUCAGUUGCUCUACAGUUUGACCCUGAGUGGUGAUGACAUGGCCCCUGCCCUGUGGCCAGCUGCCCCUGAGCUGGCCAGAGAGAAGCAGUUUAGACAUCUAGCAAAAGAAAGUUAAUAUAUUCACUAAUUUAGAAUGUGUUUACACCCUAAAAUGGAAGGGGGGCAGACUGAAGUAUCCCAAAAUUAUAAAAUUAUGUGUAUAUAUAAUAUUUAUGUUUACUCAUUCCACAUAUAACAGCAUGUUUAACCAAAUUACCUACUGUGUAUUAGAUUAGUGUACCCAGGACUCUGAUUAGUUUGGCCUUUAACAAAAAAAAAAAA